AUGUCAGCCAAGCUCUAUACAUACGAAGAAAUUGCCCAACAUAACAGCAGAGAAGAUCUUUGGAUGGUCAUCGAUGGAAAAGUUUACGACAUUACCAGUUUUCAAGAUGAGCAUCCCGGUGGUGAAGAAGUUUUACUCGAUGAAGGAGCUAAGGAUGGUACUAGUGCUUUUGAAGAUGUAGGUCAUUCUGAUGAUGCUCGCGACCUUCUCAAAAAGUACUAUGUCGGCGAUGUGGAUCCCACUUCCAAACCUAUCAAGGUUGAGAGACCUGUUGAGGCCAUUCCUGAAGUACCCAAGGGAAAUCCUCUUCGUAUCCUCAUUCCUUUGGUUCUAUUCGGUGCUUAUGUUUAUUAUAGCUAUUUCUUAUAA